CAACCGUUUCUGCAACCGUUUGGGCACUGAGUUUCCUCCCGGGGAAACCAUAGAACCGGGCGGCUGCCGCCUGAGCCCGCGGCGUGCACGACGGUCCCCGUUCCGUCUCGAUGCACCACGUGUGUUGUUUGCUCACAUUUCAGGAUGAUACCAGCAGUGCGCUGUACAUGUAAGGCUUUGCUGCUCUUUGGAGGCCUUGCCAUAUCCGUUGCAUAUACUCCUCCUGCACUGGAACAGUCGCUGGAGCAUGCCUCGAGCCCGGAUGCGGGCCGGCUUCUCCGCAAACAGGACAAGCUCCGGCUGGCUGUUGCAGUUGAUAGUCACGCAGAUGUCUCAAAGCCGUUCAACCUUGGAAAUCCUGAAUCCUUGGCGAUGAUGGAAGAGGAUAGUGGAGAUGGGGAUGGAGAUGGUGAUGGUGAUGGUGAUGGCGAAGCAGCAGAGGCCACUGAAGAAGCAGCAGAGGCACCAGCUGAAGGCGCUGCAGAAGGAGCCGAUGCCGCUGAGGGAGCUGCCGAGGGAGCCGCCGACGGAGCUGCCGAGGGAGCCGCCGACGGAGCCGCCGAUGGAGCCGAGGGAGUCACUUUGGUGGUGGCUCUGGUUGCUUUUGCGGGGCCCAAGUUGUAUGAGAUGGCGACUGCCAAGCCCCAGCUGCCCGGCCGUUUGAACGAGAUCAAGAGCGACCCUGCAGAUCAGGAAGUUUGGGCAAAGUCCAAGGCUCGCCAGACUUACAGGAAGUCGGUGCUUGCAGCACAGUCCAACAAGAGCAGCAGCGAUAGUGAGGAUGGCAACAAGCCGGCCACGCGUGGAAGUGCCAGUGCCUCAAACGAGGCGACACCAUCUCCACAAAAGGAAUUUCAGCUGCCCAAUGGGGCGAAGAUGAAGAACCGCCUUUGCAAAGCCGCCAUGACUGAGCACAUGGCGGAUCCUCAAAGCAACCUGCCCAAUGAGCAACACAUCAAGGUCUAUGAGGUUUGGGCCAAUGGCGGUUUGGGCACAUGCAUAACUGGCAACGUGCAAGUGGACAAACGUUAUUUGGAGGGUCCCCGGAAUGUGGUGCUGGAAAGAGAUACGCCUCUGGAGAAAUUUUGCGAGCUGGCCAAGGCCUGCAAGAUGAGCGGAUGCCUGGCCAUCAUGCAGAUCAGCCAUGCUGGUCGACAAUGUCCAAGCUCUGUGUGCAGUCAGCCACUGUGUCCCUCCAAGGUGGCGUUGAAGAUGCCGGGGCUCCCAUCCUUCAUGACGAGCCUCAUGGUGCGACAGCCACGGGAGAUGACGUCUGUGGAGAUCGAGGAUGUGGUGGAACGUUUUGCCACCACGGCCCAACGGGCUGAGGAGGCCGGAUUCGAUGGGGUCCAGGUGCAUAGUGCGCAUGGCUACCUGCUCUCCAGCUUUUUGUCACCACAUACUAACCGCCGCACUGAUGAAUAUGGUGGCAGCGCAGAGAAACGAAGGGCUCUGCUGUUGAAGAUUGUAAGUAAGAUCCGAGAGCGCGUGCAGAAUGGUUUCGUGCUGAUGGUGAAGCUGAAUUCAGCCGAUUUCCAGCACGGUGGUUUCUCAGAAGAAGAAUCGCUGGAAGUCUUGAAGGCCUUAGAAGCAACUGCGGGCGUCGACAUGGUGGAAAUCAGUGGUGGAACCUACGAGAAGAUGGAAGCCAUGCAGACGGUGAAGGACUCCACGCGUCAACGCGAGGCCUUCUUUCUGGAGUUUGCCCAGAAAGCCCGUGCCACCUGCAACAUCCCCCUGAUGCUGACGGGUGGAUUCAGCUCAGCUGCCGCCAUGAACGAAGCGCUGCAGUCCAAAGCUGUGGAUGUGAUCGGCCUGGCGCGGCCACUCUGUGUGUAUCCGGAUGGCCCAAAGCAGUUGAUCAGUGGUGAAAUCACAGCACUAAAGCGACACGCUCCGGUCAUUGGAAUCAGGUAUAUUGACAACUCCCUGGGUGCGGCCUUCAACAAUUUUUGGCAUAACGCUCACAUUCGCAACCUGGCCACCGGCUCACCCGUCCAACUUGAGAAGUUGAGACCCAGCAUCCUGAAGAUGCUCAUCCUGGACAUGACCUUUACCUACAUUUGGGACCCACAGCGAAAUCCCCGGAAGACGCGUUGCAUUGUGGCGUCGCUGGCGCUGCUGGUUGUGCUGUUGGUAACUGGAGGGUUGGUCCUGGCCCUAGGCCGGUAG